CUUGCGGUAGCAUCCGCCACGCCACAUGCACACAACAACAACAAGAAGAGGAAAAGGUACGGCAUGUGCUGCAGUUCUGUGUUCGCGUCGCCUCCCUCUCACGACAACCAAACCCCGACGCCACCCCCGAGCGAGCGACCCGGGCCGGACGGAGCGCUCUCCUCUUCUCUCUCUGUCCCCUCCCGCCGCGCCGCGACGACGCGACGCCGCCGGAGAUGGACGGCUCCGGCAGCUGGGACGCCAUAGACUGGAACCAAAUCAAGGAACCGAGGCAGCCGCGGAGUUCGUCGCAGGGCAUGGACGAGUUCCUCCUCGAGUACGAGGAGGUCUACACCCAGGGCCAUGGUGUUGUUCUACUAAACACAGAUGAGGCUGGAAUUCUUUCAGUGACAAAUUUCCGACUCCUCUUUGUGAGCCAAGCGACAAAAGGCGUUAUAGAGUUGGGUACCAUCCCACUAACUGCAAUCGAGAAGUUAAAUGAUGACGUAAAGCUUCAACCCCUGCCCCACCAGCAUGAUAAAAAGCAGCCCCGUGAACUUCUUCAAGUCAUUGGUAAAGACAUGAGGGUCAUAAUGUUCGCUUUUGUUCCUAAAACCAAGCAGAAAAAUCAAGUUCUUGAUGCUUUGAGAAAAUACAGUAAACCUACUCAUCUGUUGGAUCUGUAUGCAUUUUCUUGCGAUCCAUCCACCGUUUAUCAGAAAUCGGAUCCAAAGAUGCGUCUCUUGAAGGAAUACCAUCGCCUUUUUAGGAAAUGGUUUCCGCAUAGUGGAUCUGAGUUCGAAAAAGACUUGCGUAAUGAAUGGUGGAGGGUAACUAAAGUAAAUUCUAACUACUCAUUAUGUUCGACGUACCCAUCUGCAUUGAUUGUGCCAAGGAGCAUAAGUGAUGAAGAUUUAUUUCAAGCUUCUUCUUUCCGAUCCGGCAGGCGCUUGCCUGUUAUUUCAUGGUGUGACCCUGGGUCUGGAGCUGUUCUGGCAAGAUCAUCUCAGCCAUUGGUAGGAUUGAUGAUGAAUUUUCGGAACAAUACUGAUGAGAAGCUUGUUUCUUCUCUUUGCACCCAAAUUAUUGACGCCACUGGUUCUCUAAGGAAAUUAUAUAUAGUUGAUGCCCGGCCAAGGGCAAAUGCUUUAGCCAAUGGUGCAAAGGGAGGUGGUUCAGAGUCAUCUUCAAACUACCCAAGAUCUGAGGUUCUCUUUUUAGGAAUACAAAACAUCCACGCAAUGAGAGAUAGUCUUUAUCGCCUUAGGGACUAUGUUGAUGCCCAUGGGUCAAUAUCAUCAAAUGGAAUUUCAUCAGCUGUGCCUCUUGUUGGAGACCGGAGAAAUCGUGGAUCAACCUGGGGUGGAGGGAAUCUGAAUAGCAUGACACAAUUUUCUUCAACAUUAGGGGAGUGGCUAAACCAUAUCCAGAGUAUCCUGGUUGGUGCUUCAUGGAUUGCAGCACAAAUUGCCCAAGAAUCAGCUUCAGUUCUCGUCCAUUGCAGUGAUGGUUGGGACCGCACAACCCAGUUGGUUGCACUUGCUUGUUUGUUGCUUGAUCCAUAUUAUAGAACUUUCAAUGGAUUCCAGGCCCUUGUGGAAAAGGAUUGGCUAGCAUUUGGCCAUCCAUUUGCAGAACGGAUGGGUGUUCCAACAAUAACUGAUAAUAAUGGGGGAUCACAGUUUGAGUUACUAAGACAACCGUCUCUUGGGAAUUUGAGCAGUUCCCCAAGCAGAGGUGCUUUAGGAUCAUCAGUAUCCACGUCUAAUACUACCUCUGGUCAAUCCCAAACAUCAAACAACUGUUCACCCAUUCUGUUACAGUGGCUAGAUUGUAUUUCUCAGUUGUUACGUCUGUAUCCUUCUGCAUUUGAGUUCUCAUGUAAAUUCCUUGUUGACUUUAUGGAUUGUGUGUUGUCAUGCCGCUUUGGGAACUUCUUGUGCAAUAGUGAGCGAGAAAGGGAUCAAUCUGGUGCCGCAAGUUCUUGCCAUUGCAUGUGGGCAUACUUGGCUGAUCUCCGAGCUUCUGGUGGCAGCUUCCAUGAGCAUUGUAAUCCAUUCUAUGACCCAAUGAAGCAUAAUGGCCCCCUAGUGCCACCUGCUGCAGCACUUGCUCCAACCCUUUGGCCCCAGUUCUAUUUGAGAUGGACAUGUCCCAUUGAAUCCCAAGGUGGUGAUCUUGAAUCUCAAUGGCAUGCCAUGAAUAAAAAGUACACAGUAGCAAUGAAGGCGAAGGACGCAGCCGAAUCAAGGGCAAAAGAUAUUAAAACGAAGAUGGAAUCUAUGCAACUGGAAUUGCAUAGGGAGAAGCGCGCAAGUAGUUCAGCCUUAGCAAUUGCUCAACGUUCUCAAAGGGAGAGUGUUGCCAUCAGAAAGGCAGUGCGAUCGUUGGGAUGCACGGUUAAUUUCGCCAUGAAUGAAAGCCAGCUCGAAAGAGCUGAAGGGCUGACAUAUUCAUUUCGGAGAGAGACAGAUACAGAGCCCCAGCAAGACAAGAGUCCUGACUUCUCUGUAUCCAUCACCGCCAUUGAGGACAGCUUGGUUUCAGAGACACCAAGCAACCAUAUCUGCGAGUCGCUCUGCCCCUUCCGCACCAGGGAAGGAUGCAGGUGGCCAGAUGCAGCGUGUGCGCAGCUUGGAAGCCAGUUUGUUGGUCUAAAGGCAAAUUUUGAUGCUUUUGACCGGCUAUCGGUUCAAGACAGCUAUUUUGGUUCAGAAUAG